AUGAAUGAUAGCCACCCGGAAGAACAUCUGAGCAGUGCAGCGUCCAUCGUUCUAUCGCUGUGGCUCUCCUUGAGCAGUUUUGUAGCUGUAAGUGGAAACACAGUUAUGUUGUGGUUGUUCUACAGGAACGAGUCUUUACGAACAAUUUCCAACCGCUUUUUAGUCUCGUUAUCCGUGGCCGACGUUUUGGUUGGCGUCGUCAUAGAUCCUGUUUGGAUUGUUAUCAGAUGUUGGACUCAGCCACCACUUCAUAGUACUCUGACUGAUUUUAUGAUAGUGUUGUGGGUUCACACAACCGCCGCCACUACUUUCAACAUUUGCUGUGUUUCAAUCGACCGGUUUAUUGCGAUUCGGUUUCCUUUCCGUCAUCAGGAAAUUGUAACAAAGAAAAGAUGUUACACAGUGAUUAUUUUGGUGUGGCUGUUUUCAAUGGGUCUUCCUUUCUCGACGCUACUUAUACCCGCCAAGCUUUUCUCAGAAGAGAAAACUGUUAAUACUGUAGUGCUGUGUUUUUUGAUAGAAUUUAUAGCAUUUUUUCUACCAUUAAUAGUUGUUUCACUCUCUUAUAUUUCUAUUUUUAAGUCGGCAACAAAACAAUUUAAUAGAAUAUUAGCAGGAGAAAAAACUACAUUGCACAACGACAAUUUGAGAGUUCGUUGUACGCAAAAUUUUAAAGCUAUAAAAACAAUUGGUUUUGUUUUGGGUGCUUGUAUCAUCACAUGGAUUCCAAGUUUAAUUUUGUCUUCUCUGGAAAUUUAUUAUGUUUUGGUCAACAACCGGGAUAAAUAUAAUGCAUUGCCGUUUGUUAUGUGGCCUUGGGUUGAGACAAUCGCUUUUACUUCAUCAGCAAUCAAUCCAUUUGUAUAUUACUUCCGAAAUGAAGACUUCCGCCGAGCCUUUCGCCGUACCUUUCGCUGGUUGGCCCGUGGAAAUAGCAAAGAAAGCACGAGGAACACUAGGCCGAAACAACUAGAAACCCGAUGGAACGAAUUGUUAUGA